UUCAAUCAACAUAUCUCCAAAAUGAACUAUGAUUCAAGUUCUUCUAGUUCAGGUUCUGAGUUUUUUAAUUACAUGGUUCAAGAUUACAUAGAAUGGAGUCAGUCCGUUGAUGCUGAGCAACAAAAUGAAGAAGAAAUUGUACCCCGCACUAGAAAUUUUGUGCGUAGGGAACGUGAGGAAGCUCAUGAAAGAUUGUUUCAUGAUUAUUUCAGCAACGAACCUCUAUACCCCGAGAAUAUUUUUCGUCGUAGGUUUCGUAUGCAUAGGCAUGUUUUCCUUCGUAUUGUCGAAGGUGUAACAAUUCAAGAUGCUAAAUUCUUUGUGCAAAAACCAGAUGCUACUGGAAGGAUGGGUGCAUCUAAACUACAAAAAUGCACAGCGGCUAUCAGGAUGUUGGCAUAUGGUUCAUCAUCUGAUGCUGUUGACGAGUACCUGAAAAUUGCUUCAAGUACCGCUAGAGAGUGCCUUCUUCAUUUUGUCGAAGCGGUUGUUGCUAGAUUUGGAGAUGAAUACUUGAGGAAGGCAAAUGCAAAUGACAUUGAGCGUCUCCUACAUGAAGGCGAGCGUCGUGGCUUCCCAGGCAUGAUGGGAAGCAUCGAUUGCAUGCACUGGAACUGGAAGAAUUGUCCUCGGGGCUGGAAAGGAAUGUAUCAAGGAAGAAGCAAAACAGCAACCAUAAUCUUAGAAGCGGUUGCUUCAAGUGACUUAUGGAUAUGGCAUGCUUUUUUUGGCACCCCGGGUUCAUGCAAUGAUAUAAACGUAUUGCAGAGGUCUCCCGUCUUUGAUGAUGUCCUACAAGGAAGAGCCCCAGAGGUCAACUUCUCGGUGAACGGGACAACUUAUAACAUGGGUUACUAUCUUACUGAUGGCAUCUACCCGAAUGGUCAACAUUCAUCCCCGCAAUAAAGCUCCCCCAAACCCCCAAACAAAGACUAUUCACACAACAUCAAGAAGCUGUUAGAAAAGAUGUAGAGCGUGCAUUUGGAGUAUUGCAAGCUAGAUUUGCAAUCAUUCGUAAACCCGCUCUC